AGAACUCCAUUGAUUUUCACAAACCACAGUCAAAGAAGACUAGUAGUUGUUGUUGAGAAUUCUUUCAGGUCUCGGAUUUCGAAAUCCGACAACAACGAAAGAUGAUGAAGGCUUCAGUGAAAGGGAUUUACGAUACUGAUAAGAGUAGCGCCCUUGGUACAGUCGUUUUUAACGCCGGUGAUGUUAAGCUUAAAGCUUCUUUGACUGAUGCUACUGUUGCUAAUGGACCUAGCUUGAACGGUUUAGCUCUUUCUGUUGAAAAGCCUGGAUUCUUCGCUAUCGAUUAUAAUGUCCCCAAAAAGGAUGUGUCUUUUAGAUUUAUGAAUACAGUUAGGGUUAUGGAAAAACCAUUGAGUUUGACAUAUGUACAUGGGCAAGGUGAUAACAGGACUAUGUUAGAUGGGACACUUGUAUUUGAUAACGCAAAUAAGGUUUCAGCUAAUUAUAUGUUUGGUUCUGGGAAUUGUAAAUUGAAGUAUAGUUAUGUUCAUGGUGGAGUAAGGACUUUUGAACCCUGUUACGAUGUGUCCAAAAAUACUUGGGAUUUUGCUAUGUCUCAAAAGGUUUAUGGGGAUGAUACUUUUAAAGCUACUUAUCAGACAUCAAGUAAGAAUUUAGGUUUGGAGUGGUCGAGGAAUUCAAAGAUUAAUGGGACGUUUAAGAUUUCGGCAUCAGUCAAUUUGGCGGAUGAAACAAAAAGGCCUAAAUUGAGAGCUGAAACAAUUUGGGAUUUCGAAAUUUGAUUCUUUCUUCUCUGCUUUAACUUUUGAAAUUUCUGAUAAAUUGCUGAAGCAACGUUGUAAUCUUUUCACGUUGAUUCUCAAAAAGUUUAUCUUUCUUGUUGCACUUGAAUAUUUACAUUUAUUUGAGUUGUAAACAAACUAAAAAAACAGCUCACAUCUUGUUAAUCCAUCCAUGAGAAAGAUAGUACUCAAUUGAAUUUUCUGUCCUGAAGUAA